AUGGUUCGCAUGUCUGUUCUAGCAGAUUGUCUGAAGACGAUCGUUAAUGCCGAGAAGCGAGGACGACGUCAAGUGUUGAUCCGCCCGUCAAGCAAGGUCGUUGUUCACUUUUUACAGUGCAUGCAAAAGAGAGGUUACAUAGGCGAAUUCGAAAUCGUCGAUAACCACCGAAGCGGUAAAAUCGUCGUCAACCUUCUUGGCCGGAUCAACAAGUGUGGCGUUAUCUCCCCCCGUUUCGAUGUGACGUUGGAUCGUAUUGAACAAGUGACUUCGGAUCUUCUACCAUCCCGCCAGUUUGGGCAUGUUGUCUUGACAACCUCGUAUGGCAUCAUGGACCACGAGGAAGCCAGACACAAACACACAGGUGGUAAAAUCCUGGGCUUCUUCUUCUGA